AUGGCAUCCUCUUCAUCUGCCACCGCUCCCGAGACUGAUAUCGCCAUAUCUUACUCUCGGGAGCGCAUGAUGACAGAGGCGACAGGUAGAAAGCCGUUCCAGAAGGUCUACCUUUGGACGAUGUCCAGCGACGAGGAGGAAGGCGCCCCUUCUCGAACUACCGAAACGUACAACCCAGAGGAAGAUGAGCCUUCCGCGUCAUCGGCGGUAUAUAAUGCUCUCCCCGCACACGAAGAGUUGAUUGGGCACGAAAAUGGCAAGCUGUGCCUCGAAGUUGGCUUGAUCAUUGGCAGUGAUCCGUUUAAGUACGUCCCCAAGGGAAAGCCCCACGACAAGAAGGCUUGA